AUGCUCUUGACUUAUCCGAAAGAACUCUGCCUGGUCAAGGAGGAGCACGCUGAACUCAAGGCGCGUGCAUACCUUUUGGAAAAGGAAUUACAGGCCACCUGGCUAUGUUUGCAGCAUCGAGUCUCAGUGGACCAUGCCAUGCGGGUUCAACUUGACAGUCUGGCCUUACUUGCUCUUCCCAGUGAUCAUCAGUCUCAUUGCCUGGUUGGCGAAACGACAUCUACAGCCACAAAGCGCAAGUGCAGACAGCGAUGUAGUAGGAAAACAAAUGACUUGAGGACGGAAAGGGUUGACAAAGAGUCGAAUGGACCGUUGUUUGAUUCAUCACAACCGGAGUUGGAUGGUUUCGGACUGAUGAUGGCAGCUCAUGAGACGGAUCGACAUAUGUCUAACAAGGAAGCUGUUGCUACAACGAAUUAUGUUAGUAUUAGGGGCUCUGGUCAAUCAUGUAUUUGCUCAGAUGCAGUUCAGACGAUACCAGAUAUUGAAAGAAUGGAUGAAAGGCUUAGCAAAGCCUCAGUACUUCCCGCUUCCUACGACCAUACCAGUAGCUCUGACAGUGGAAGCUCUGCAGAAUCGAGGCGUAGCCACGAUUCGGCCUCUUCUCGACAGCAGAUACCUCAUAGGUCGUCUAAAGGCGACAUGGCGGCUUUACGUGAACAGGUCGUGGUAAGCAGUACUUUGAACAUUUUUAUAAUAGAAGGGCUGAUUUUGCGGCUAAUUCGCCUACCUGAGAAUUAG